AUGGCAGCAUUAUUUUCGUGCACAAAAUGUCAUAAGAGAUAUCCAUUUGAGGAAUUAUCACAAGGCGAGCAACUUUGUAAGGACUGUAGAAACAAUUUUCCUGUGGUCAAGUGUACUUACUGUCGGGCAGAAUUUCAACAAAACAGCAAAGGAAGUACUAGCUCUAUCUGUGCCAAGUGUGCCCAGAAUGUGAAGCAUUUUGGAAAGCCAACUGCCUGUGAAAACUGCAGUGUUUUGGCUGCUUUUAUUGGGAAACGCUGUCAGAGGUGUGUUAACUCAGAGAAGAAAUGGGGGCCCCCACUUGUAUGUGAGCAGUGUAAACUAAAGUGUGCCUUUGAUCGUCCAGAAAGGAGAAAGGUGAAUGGAAAAUUGAUGUGCUGGUUAUGUGACCAGGCAUAUAAAAGAGUUCUAGCGAAAACCCGUAAGACUCAAGACAUGGUUCUCAAAUCAUCAGGGUUAUCAUCGUCAUCGGCUGAAUCACCUUCAAAGUUAAAUUCAUCUGCCAAUAAUGGACAGAACUUGCAAGCUAGUCAGCCAGUACCCUCAUCAGCUUCUUUUGAAGGCAUGACUGUACUAGAGCGGUUAACCAAACUUGCCACCAGUGGAGGGAGCAGUCGAGGUAACACUCCACCUGUCGAUAUUGAUAGGCCGGUGAAGGUUGAGGGAGAAAGCAGAUUGGCUGAAAAACCCCAGAGCAGUUCAGAUGAUGCUAAAAGUGGAGAAGGUGAUAAAGAGGAGAAGCCUCACAGACACCAUCAUAAUCAUCGAAAGUACAACCACCACCAUCACCAUUCUCACUCAAAAAGACACCUUUCAAAAGAGGAUGAGGAAGCAGGUGAUGCUAAGAAACCGAAGCCUGAGAAGAAUCAAGCGAAUGGUGUAGCAGCGGCAGCAGUAUCAACCCCUAAGAGUACAGGUAGCAAUAUGUCUGACCCCGGUGUGGACACCACGACCUCGGAGAAUGUCAUCCUGAUCACUCAGUUGAGAGAACAGAUUGAAAGUAUCAAGAAGCAGAUAGCCAGCAAAGACCAGCAACUCUUGGAAAAGGAUAAAAAGAUCACAGAACUAAAAGCCCAUAUGUAUGAAAAUGACAAAAAAUUUCGAUCAAAAAUUACAGCUAUGCAGCAGAGUCACUCCAUAGCUUUGGAAACUUUGCAGAUAAAAAACAGGGAACUCACUCGUCAAGUAGCAUCAUUGUCGAAAAGCAAGAAAACUACAGAGACUACAACACUGAGCCUUACUGCCUUGUAA